AUGCGGAGAUACAGCACUUCGGAAGAGGAGUCAGAGAGACGCCACUCAACGGUUCUCUCCCAUGAUACAAUCGAGCAAGCACCGACAGAGAGGUCACAGCUUCUGCCGAAGAAGCAUGAUGACGAUGAUCAAUCAACGAGUCAGGAAGAUGGAGAGGUUAUGGACAUCUUGCCUGAAGAUGCGACUUCCACCAGGAAACUUAUCCUUCACGAGUUUUGGGUACUUUUCAAGGGAUCAAUUCCAGUUGUACUUGCAUACACAUUGCAAAAUUCUCUUCAAACAGUAUCCAUCUUGAUCGUUGGCCAAGCGUCACCCCAAGAUCUCUCGACAGCAGCAUUUUCUUACAUGUUUGCUAUGUGUUCAGCAUGGCUUAUUGGUAUGGGAGGCUCGACUGCCUUGGACACGCUAGCUUCAUCGACAUUCACUAGCGGUGGGAACAAGCACGACGUGGGCAUCUUAUUGCAACGUGGCUUCAUUGUGCUGACUCUAUUCUACAUACCUGUGGCGAUCAUAUGGGUUGCCUCAGAGCCCCUUUUCAGAGCACUAGGCCAGAGCGAACAACUGUCAAGGGACAGUGCCAAGUUCUUGACUUGUUUGAUACCAGGUGGGCUUGGAUAUAUCUACUUCGAGACGAUGAAGAAGUAUCUCCAAGCACAAGAGAUCAUGCGCCCUGGCACUUACAUCUUGUUAAUAACUUCCCCGAUCAGUGCAGCACUGAAUUAUCUGUUCGUAUAUACUGCAGGGUGGGGUAUCUUUGCUGCUCCGAUCGCUACAGGCAUUGGAUAUUGGCUAUCUUUUCUCGGUCUUGUCCUCUACGCGAAAUUUGUCGCUGGAGGUGAAUGCUGGGGUGGCUGGUCUAGAAAGAGUCUCCAAAAUACUGGCAUCUUCGCAAAGCUUGCCGCGUUGGGUUUCCUUCAUGUUGGAACUGAAUGGUGGGCAUUCGAGAUUGUGGCUUUAGCAGCCGGGCGACUGGGUGAAGUUCCGCUCGCCUCACAGAGUGUGAUAAUGACCGCAGACCAAGUCUUGAACACAAUUCCUUUCGGAGUUGGUGUAGCAGUCAGCGCUCGUGUUGGCAAUAUGCUUGGAUCAAGAAAUGCCAAAGGUGCCGCACGGUCCGCGAAUGUGGGUGCAUGGUUGAGUAUCCUCCUGGGCGGCGUGGUGCUAGCUAUUCUUAUGGCGACGAGAAACCACUUUGCGAAAAUCUUCAACGACGACGUGAAGGUAGUUAAACUUACUGCUGAGGUUCUACCAUAUGUUGCAUUGUUCCAGAUUGCCGAUGGUUUAAAUGGCAGCUGUGGCGGAGCAUUACGUGGUAUGGGUCGGCAACACAUUGGAGCAGCUGUCAACCUCAUCAGCUACUACGGCGGUGCACUUCCUCUGGGAGUUUGGCUCGCUUUUCACGGCUGGGGACUCGCUGGUCUCUGGGUUGGACAAUGCAUCGCCUUGUACUUGGUUGGGUUUGGUGAAUGGGUCAUCGUCGCUUGGAGUAACUGGGACUAUCAGGUUGAACAAGCCUUUGCGCGCAUGGAUAAGGAUGAACUUGUUGAGAAUGGCCAAGCGGGUUCUGUUAGUCCAGCUCCCGCUGGUAAUGGGCCACACUAG